AUGGCAACUCGCUUAGUGGACAGUCAUGUUGUGAAUCAAGUCACCUGCUUCCAGCGGUCUCGGAAGAGACUGUUGGUAUUGGUGUCGGUUGCACUGGUCUCAUCAGUGGCCAUGUAUCUUCAGGUCGCAAAGACGGAGAUCUCUUUCCUUGAAAUGACCAGUGGAUCCGAGUAUAAAAGUAUUGCGACAGGAGACAGAUCCCAUCGAUCUGUGAGUUUAGCUGAAGCUGAAAGGCAACGCUUGCUAAAUACCACUACAGAUACCAAGUUUUCGUCUUACAAGGAACAAAAAGGAAAGAACAAGCAAACAGAAUAUGAUGAAAACAAAACGUAUCCAUACUUACAAGAAGGUCUGUACACAAGAGUGACUCCUCUUUACAAGCUAUUGAAGGGACCAGGUUCUCCGCACAAGGAUGCCCCAGAUUUCUUCCCAUUUGGAGAAGAGCCCAUUGCAGUCUGUGAAAUUCACAAUCUGGGAUCUUGGCCUAUCUCGAGUUUUCCACAUGUCAUGCAACAACUCUUCAAAUGCUUCUCUUGGUGGCAAGCUGGCAUCAAUGAACCCAAACAAAAGGUGUUGAUCGUCCCGAAGGAUCCUCAAUCUACAUUCAUCAAUGAUUUCUUGGGGAUUCUCAAAGAGCAGUUUCACGUUGCUGUUACAAACCAGACCAACCAACAGAACAUUUCAGUCCAUGGAGAAAUAUUUGGCUUGGCAGACGCAAAACCAUAUGAAAUGCAUAACCCACAAGAUGCAACUAUCCUAAGAGAAGGAAUCUGGGAACACUACAAUAUCCCUGCAAACUCAAGGGCAGGGUGCCCUGUCGAGCCUUCCGGUGUUGCCACACCUGUCAUUGGCUUUUUCAACCGCCAGCCUAGUGGAGGACGUCAUUGCAACAAUUCCAAGGCCAUUUUUGCCGCUCUGGAACAGCAUGAUUUUGGCACAACUGAGCCACUCAAGAUCCACUAUUUGGAGUCAUUUGACACCAUGUCUUUCCAGGAACAAGUUGCCAACAUGGCCCAAGUUGAUAUCCUGAUUGGGCCACAUGGAGCCCAACUUGUCAGUGCUGCAUUUCUGCCCACCUGUGGUGGAAUGCUGGAACUAUUUCCGAAAGGCUUUUAUGCUCCAAUCAUUUUUGGCUCAUUAGCAAGGUCAACAGGCCAUUACUAUUACAGCCUCUACACUGGCAACAACCAAACCCCGGAGAUUACAUCAUACAUGAUGACACCAGACAAUCAGAAACAAGCCAGGGCAUUCGACAUCAACGCAGAUCCCUUAGCUGCGGCGCAAGCAGUUUCAAAGCUCACUGCAAGAUGGCAGGCAUGCUGUAGGCUUCAACCAUUCGGUGGACAAACUUUGACAAGUGUCCAAGUAGGUGGUAAUCCUUCUGAUGGUGGAGAAUUGAAGCAGGCUCCCAAGGAGCUGACACAUUCUCCAAAGAUGCCCCCCAGAAAAUCGCCAACAAAUGUAGCUGCAGAGAUUGCCGAAAACAGGGCAUUGAAUGUUGAAGAGGGGUUGUACAAGAGAAGAACCCCAUUGGAAAAGCUGUUCAAGGCAGUUGAAGCUCCUGAUAGGUUUCCAUUUGAAGAGGAGCCUGAUGCAGUCUGCAACUUUCAGCAAAAGGGGUUUUGGACACAUUUUCCUCAUGCCAUGCAACAACUCCUCAGGUGCUUCUCGUGGUGGCAAGCAGGAUUAAAUGUUGCCAAGAAUCAUGUCUUGAUCAUUUGGAAUUUUCCACCUUCAGAUUUCAUCAAGGACUAUCUUCAGAUGUUGCAGGCGCAGUUCAACAUCACAUUGGAUCGCAAGGCAGCUCAUCAAAACAUUUCUGUCUACGGUGACGCCCCUGAUUUCCCAGCUUAUGAAAUGCAUGACCCCCAUGAUGCUACAAUAUUGAGAGAAGGCAUGUGGGACUAUUACAAUAUCAGUUCAGACUCAAGGGCAGGGUGUCCUUUGAACAAAGCCAGCAAUGUUGCACCUGUAAUUGGUUUUCUCAACCGCCAGCCCAAUGGAGGGCGUCAUUGCAACAACUCUCAGGCAGUUAUUUCAGCUCUGGAGCAGCAUGAUUUUGGCACUGAUCAUUCACCCAAGAUUCACUAUCUGGAGUCAUUUGAUGGCUUGUCCUUCAAGGAGCAAGUCACUUUCAUGGCCCAAAUCGACAUCCUGAUUGGACCACAUGGAGCCCAAUUCACCAGCGCUGCAUUUCUUCCCAGCUGUGGGGGUGUUUUAGAGCUAUUCCCCAAAGGAUAUUAUGUUCCCAACUUCUUUGGCACAUUGACAAGGUCCACAGGUCACUAUUACUACAGUUUGUAUACUGGGGCCAACAGAUCAGAGGAAAUGAGUCGGUACAUGCGAUUCUUGGAUGGUCGGAACAAGGCUCGUGGCUUCAAUGUUACAGCAGAUCCUGAGUCAGUUGUGCAAGCAGUAAGCAAACUCCUGGCAAGAUGGCAGAACUGCUGUCUGAGCGGGCCGCACCCAUUUCACAAUAACAGCAGUAUGGAUAAACUAGUUUCCUUUUAA